UAAAUUUAUUGCAGAUAGCUGAAAUUUUGCAUACAUAAAGCCAAAAUGGAAAACAUACGUUUAUUUAUUUCGGUGAUCUUUAUUUUAUUUUUUACACGUUCAAUUUCCCAACAAUUGAAUAUUACAGAUAAUGUAGGAAACAAUAAGAAGAUAGUUUGUUACUACAGAUAUCAAGGAAAUGAAUCUCAUCGAUUGACUCCAGAUCAAAUAGAUGUAAAUUUAUGUACUCACAUUAUAAUAGGAUUCGCUGGAGUACAUAAAUCACAAGUGUCCUAUGAUAUCAAAAAUAUUCCAGGAUAUCGUUGGACAGUUUCAUUAAAAGAUAAAAAUCCUAAUUUAAAAAUCAUGCUGUCUUUAGGAGGCGGGGGAAACGAAGGAGGAUUUACUGAGGCUGUUUCUUCAAAAGAAAAUCGGGAAAAAUUUAUUGAAUCAAUGAUUAAACUUUGCCGAGAUGUUAAAUUAGAUGGAAUCGAUCUUGAUUGGGAAUUUCCUGUUUGGAGGCACUCCUUAGGUCGACAAAAUCUUGCAGACAAAAAAAACUUGAUAUUGCUUCUGAAGGUUUAAUUUUUCAUUCUGUUUAUUAUAAUAUUGUAUAGUCAAACUAUAAUUUAGCACCAGUAUUUAUUCAUAAGCCAGUGGAAUUGCAAUUAAAAUGAGUGAGAAGCUAAGCUAAUGUACAGAAUUUCAAAUUAUAUUAUAUCGUAAUGAGUUCACACCAGUUUGAA